AUGUUGGGAGACAAAGCUCACGGUGUGACUUUGAAGGUUAUGGAAUACACGUAUGACGAUGACCUGGAAGAGCUGUGUCCUGUGUGCGGAGACAAAGUGUCUGGUUAUCACUACGGUCUGCUCACCUGCGAGAGCUGCAAGGGCUUCUUCAAGAGGACGGUGCAGAACAACAAGAGAUACACAUGCGCGGAAAACCAGGAGUGCAAAAUAGACAAAACCCAGAGGAAGAGGUGUCCGUUCUGUCGCUUCCAAAAAUGCCUCAACGUUGGGAUGCGGCUCGAAGCGGUGCGUGCAGACCGCAUGCGUGGGGGUAGAAAUAAAUUUGGCCCCAUGUACAAGAGAGACAGGGCCUUGAAGCAGCAGAAGAAGGCUUUGAUACGAUCCAACGGGUUCAAGCUGGAGAACCCAGCCCCUCCACCGGCCUCUCCUCUGCAGAGUGACUACGGCUUCACCGGCACCCUGCACAGCCUGCCCACCAUUUCCAAAAGCCUCCUUCCUUCUACACCCAGCACCAUCACCCCCACAGACUACGAGACCAACCUCUAUGGACCUCCGUCCUUGGGUAUGACCAUGCAGUCUCACGUGUCCCUCACCACCCAGUACCAGUACACAGCCUUCCCCAACAGGGCGAUCAAAGCAGAGUGCCCCGACUACACCAGCUCCCCGGAGUCCCUGACAGGAUACCCCUACCCAGACAUGUACCCCUCGGCCUCGCCGCAGCCCCCCAGCCUGCCACCGCUGGUGCUGGAGCUGCUCCGCUGUGACCCAGAUGAGCUGGUGGUGCAGAACAAGAUCGUGGCUCAUCUGCAACAGGAGCAGAGUGGCCGAGGGCGGCUGGACAAACCCAACACCUUCAGCCUCAUGUGCCGCAUGGCCGACCAGACUCUGUUCUCCAUAGUGGAAUGGGCUCGGAGCUGCAUCUUCUUCAAAGAGCUAAGGGUGGGAGAUCAGAUGAAGCUGCUCCAUAACUGCUGGUCUGAACUCCUGGUCUUGGAUCACAUUUUCAGACAAGUUCAACAUGGAAAGGAAGACAGUAUCCUGCUGGUGACCGGACAGGAGGUGGAGUUGUCGUCCAUCCUGUCCCAAGCUGAGGCCACUCUGUCCAGUCUGGUCCAGAGAGGUCAGGAGAUGGCGGCGAGGCUGCGGGCACUGCAGGUCGACCGCCGGGAGAUCGCCUGCAUGAAAUUCCUUCUCCUGUUCAACCCUCAUGUGAAGCUGCUGGAGAACCAGGCGUUUGUGGAGGGUGUCCAGGAGCAGGUAAAUGGGGCUCUGCUGGAGUACACCCUGUCCACCUACCCUCAGUUCCAGGAGAAGUUCAGUCAGCUGGUGGUUCGGCUGCCGGAGCUGCGAUCCCUCAGCACGCAGGCCGAGGACUACCUGUGCUACAUGCAUCUGAGCGGCGAGGUGCCCUGUAACAACCUGCUCAUCGAGAUGCUGCACGCCAAGCGAGCGUGUGUGUAA